UGCGAUUGCACUGAGCCGGUUUGGCGCAAACAAGUUAAAAUUGCGGAAAAACAAAUUGGAUUCACGUUGGCGUCACUUUCACCGCACUCUUGGGCUCACUUUCCACUUGGAGCUGGAGCCAGUCGACUGCAGCUAUUGCAGGCCAACGGUAGCAGCAACGCCAUAUGCCAUGCAGCUAGUUUAUCGCGAACUGGAUGCGGAUAUUGUGCGUCGCACAAAUGCCGUAUUUCCGGCGCAGGAUUGCUUUGUGGAGGUGCUGCCCGAUCAACUGAUCAUACCACGCAAAUAUAUAGAGCUCGGUGAAUCCAUACGCAAUUUGCCCGUCUAUGCAGAUGAUGUGUGGAUGGUGUCGUAUCCCCGUACCGGUUCGACAUGGGCGCAAGAGAUGGUCUGGCUGCUGGGCCAUCAGCUGGACUUUGAGGCUGCCAAGCAGGAUGUGCGAAUGCGUGCACCCUUGAUUGAGCUAUCCGCACUAUUCAGCACGGACCAUCAUCAGUGGGUGGCAGAUGCUUUUGGCAACACAGUUGAGCUGGUGCGCAAUCUGCCACGUCCACGGUAUGCACGUUCGCAUCUCUCCUGGCAGCUGCUGCCAGAGCAAUUUGAGGCGGUCAAGCCAAAAAUUGUGUACACCGCCCGCAAUCCCAAAGAUCUUUGUGUCUCCUACUAUCACUAUUGCAAGCUGCUCCAUGGAAUCAAUGGCGAUUUUGAGCAAUUCGUAGAGCUCUUUCUGGGCGGCCACACACCCAUGGGCUCGUAUUGGAAGCAUGUGCUGCCCUUCUGGAAGCGCAGCGUUGAUGAUAAUGUCCUAUUUAUUAAAUACGAGGACAUGAUUCGCGAUUUGCCCGCGGUGGUAAGACGCUGUGCCCAAUUCCUGAACGUCUCAAAUAUCCUAAACGAAACCAACAUGGCACGCAUUUGCGACCAUUUGAAGUUCGACAGCAUGCAAAACAAUAAAGCCAUCAAUCUAGAGCGUGAACUUCCUCAGCGGGCGACGAAAUUCAUACGCAAAGGCAAAGUUGGUGACUGGCGAAAUCUCAUGACCGAUGAAAUGUCAGAGCGAUUUGAUUCAUGGGCCGAGCAACAUUUGCGGGGAAGCGGCUUGACAUUUGAUUACGAUUAGAUGGUGUUCUUAUUUAGCAUAAGGUGUAAAUUGUU